UUGAAGGGAGUUGAGACGCGGGGGCGCGGCCGAGGCCUGCCGCGGUUUCCCUGGCUACCCGGGCCCCUGGAGUCCGGCGACCAUGCCCAUCCGUGCGCUCUGCACCAUCUGCUCCGACUUCUUCGACCACUCGCGCGACGUGGCCGCCAUCCACUGCGGCCACACCUUCCACCUGCAGUGCCUGAUCCAGUGGUUCGAUACAGCACCAAGUCGGACCUGCCCGCAGUGCCGAAUCCAGGUUGGCCGAAGAUCCAUCAUCAAUAAGCUCUUCUUUGACCUUGCCCAGGAGGAGGAGGGUGUCUUAGAUGCAGAAUUCUUAAAGAAUGAACUGGAUAACGUCAGGGCCCAGCUUUCCCAGAAAGAGAGGGAGAAGCGGGACAGCCAGGGCAUCAUCGACACCCUGCGGGACACGCUGGAGGAGCGCAACGCCACCGUGGAGUCUCUGCAGCGGGCCCUGGACGAGGCCGACAUGCUGUGCUCCACCCUCAAGAAGCAGAUGAAGUUCCUGGAGCAGCAGCAGGACGAGACCAAACAAGCCCGGGAGGAGGCCCGCCGGCUCAGGAGCAAGAUGCAGACCAUGGAGCGGAUUGAGCUCCUACUCAAGAGCCAGCGGCCUGAGGUGGAGGAGAUGAUCCGCGACAUGGGCAUGGGCCAGGCAGCGGUGGAGCAGCUGGCCGUGUACUGCGUGUCCCUCAAGAAGGAGUAUGAGAAUCUGAAAGAGGCUCGGAAGGCAUCUGGGGAGCUGGCCGACAAGCUCAAGAAGGACUUGAUUUCCUCCAAAAGCAAGUUGCAGGUGGUCUCCUCUGAGCUGCACCAGGCCAAGCUGGACCUGAGGUCGGCCCAGAAGGAUCUGCAGGGCGCCGACAAGGAAAUCGCGAGCCUGAGGAAGAAGCUGAAGAUGCUGCAGGAGACCCUGAGCCUGCCGCCGGGGGACAGCGAGACGGUGAACCGCCUGGUGUUGGAGAGCCCGGCCCCUGUAGAGAUGCUGAGCCUGAAGCUUCGCCGGCCAGCCUUCAGUGAUGACAUUGACCUCAAUGCCACCUUUGACGUGGACACCCCCCCGGCCCGGCCCCCCGGCCUUCAGCACGGCCAUGCCAAGAAGCUCUGCCCGGAGAAGGCACACGCUCCCACUCAGGACGGUCCCAGGAAGCUGCCCAAAGGCCCCACGCAGGAGCCCCGGCUCUCGCUGGGCGGCCAGCACUGUGUGGGCGAGCCAGACGAGGAGCUGGCCGGCGCCUUCCCGCUCUUCAUCCGGAACGCCGUCCUGGGCCAGAAGCAACCCAAGAGAGCCAGGGUGGAGCCCCGCCGCAGCACGGACGCAGUCAGAACCGGCUUCGAUGGCCUCGGAGGCCGGACCAAGUUCAUCCAGCCUACCGACACAACUCUGAUCCGCCCCCUGCCGGUGAAGCCCAAGCCCAGGGCCAAGGCUAAGCAGAAGGUGGGGGCCAGGACAGCGCUCCCUCCCUCCCAGGCCAAGCUGGACACCUUCCUGUGGUAGCGAGAACAGUGGGGCCGACCGACGGCCAGAUUGUCUGUCGCCUCCAACUUACAGCUGAGGACUGGCUCAGCCGGGGGGUAGGCAUGGCCCUCUCCCAGGACCAGCCUCCGGGCAAUGGCGACAAGAAGCUGGGGCUGGGGCUGGGGUGAGGCCCAGGGGAUGUGCUUUCCCAGUGUGUAGCCGGCCCCACCCCCCAUUCUGGGCCUAGGGGCCGGGGGAGCUGUGGUCAGCUCACCGUUCCUGCCAGGGGCUUGCUCCGUGUUGCAGGCCCCCAUGUAUGGCCACGACCAGAUGCUGGGCUGCUUCUGAGCCUCCAGACCAGGGCCAUUUGCUGACUGUGGACAAGUGCUCGAGGCUGCGCAGGCAGCUUCGCCUGCCCAAGCUUCUGCCUGCCUGGCGUCCUGCUAGGCAUGGCCUGGCCAAGCAGUGGGGGGACGAGGGGUGGUGGUGGGCAGAGG